UCCAAGAUUAUUGACACCAAAACUCCAUCUACCUUAACAUAGCGUAUAAGCAAGCCCUGUGUCUACUAGUCAACACCACUUGUUGCAUAAUUUCAUACCUCUCUAAUCUCUGUAUUCAUGGCUGCUCUUUCAUGGCGUCUUCUCCCUUCAAUCUCUCUCCUCAUCAUCCUUUCUCUCUCCUCCCUCUGCAUCUCUAAUCCUGACCAUCCAUCCAACCCAAUCAACGGUUCACAAGACAUCCAUGACAUCCUCCCAGAAUUCAACCUUCCAAAAGGCAUCAUUCCAAAUGGAGUCAAGUCAUACACCCUCUCUAAUCAAGAUGGAAGCUUUACUGUAAACAUGGAACACCCUUGUUAUGUCGAAUUCCUCGACGAACAGCUCGUGUACUAUAACAAGGUCAUCAAGGGGAAGCUCAGUUAUGGUAAAGUGUCCCAUGUUUCUGGAAUUCAGGCCAAGAAGCUCUUCAUAUGGGUUCCGGUUUCGGGUAUGGAAAUGGAUACGGACACAGGUAUGGUUGAAUUCUACGUUGGAGCUUUCAGUCAGAAGUUUCCUGCUCAACAAUUUGAGGCUAUACCCUCUUGUAUGAAAAAGGAAGCUUCCUCUGCAUCAAUUAUUAAGUCAAGAUCAUUCUGGGUCAACUUGUUCAACUCCCUUUGAAUCCUGUCUUUCAUCUUCAAUCUUUCUAUUUCCUGCAUGAGUAAUCUUACUGUACUCUGUUAAAUGUAAUAAGAAAUUAUUUAACUUUGUUUUUAAUCUAUAUUUUCCAUUGAUA